CGUAUACAUUCCUCACUUCUCUUCCCAUCUCCAGGCCAACUUUGUUGACAUUUCUGGAAGAAUUAAGAUCAAUGGCAUCUUCCUUAGACAUGUCACUUGAUGAUAGAAUAAAGAACAGGAGUAACAGAGGGAGAGCUAGAGGACGUGGUAGAGCCCGUUCUGGCCGUGGAGCAAGCGGGACUCUUGGUGGUGGGAGAAUGAAUGGUACUGUUAAUGGUAGAAGAAUGAUGACUGGUGCUGUUAGUGCUGGAAGAAUGACUGGUGCUGCUCGCAGAGGUCCUCUAAUGGUUAAUGCUCGGCCAUCGUCUUAUGCUAUCGCCAAGUCCAUUCGCAGAGCCAGGCCUUUUCCAUGGCAGCAUGAUUUAUUUGAAGAUAGCCUUCGAGCUGCUGGCAUACAAGGAAUUGAAGUUGGCACCAAGUUGUAUGUGUCGAACUUGGACCAUGGAGUAACCAAUGAAGACAUAAGGGAACUUUUCGCUGAGCUUGGAGAGUUGAAGCGCUAUGCUGUUCAUUAUGACAAAAAUGGGCAUCAAAGUGGUUCUGCAGAAGUUGUUUAUACUAGAAGAAGUGAUGCAUUUGCUGCUCUUAAACGAUAUAACAAUGUCCUUUUGGAUGGAAAACCUAUGAAGAUUGAGAUUGUUGGUGCCAAUGCAGAGUUACCUGUAACGGCUCGUGUGAAUGUCACUGGAGUUAAUGGGCAGAGGAAACGGACUGUUGUGAUGGCGCCAAGAGGAGGGCGAGGUGGAGGUCCUGCUGUCCCUAAUCGUGGUGCUGGCAUUGGUGCUGGUUGGGGACAUCGUGGCGGCCCCCCAAGGAGUGGGAAUGGACGAGGUCGAGGUCGGGGGCGUGGCAGGGCCGGUGUCCGAGGCCGUGGGAAAAAGGAUGCUGUUGAGAAGUCAGUCGAGCAACUUGAUAAAGAAUUGGAGAACUAUCAUGCUGAUGCCAUGCAGUUCUGAGGAAGCAGUGAAGAUAAUAACCUCGUAGUACCGGCUAAUAUUUGCCAUGUAGUAUGUCCUUGUACAAAAUCAGUAGUCUGCCGUUAUUAUAUAUCCUACACUGCUAUGAGAUGCCUACUUGUUUUGCGACAUUAUCUCGUUAGAGGCUGAAUGACUUUUAAAAGUUGUUGGAUGAUAUUUUUCCUGCUCAUUUUUAUUAUUGGUGUAAA